AUGAGUUUGCGCAGCGAUGGCGGGAACGUCCGCGUCGAGGUCGGGAAGGCGUUCAACAAACGCAGGUCCGAUUUUGCGACUGAAGAGGAGGCGGAGGAUUAUGCGGAAUUGAAAGCGAAGUAUGUCAGUUGGCUCAAUGAUCCUACAGCCACAAUUCGUGUCACUCUCCGGUCUUCUGCGGAUACCCUACCUACUUGGCGCGUCGUAGGCACUGAAGCAGACAGCAUAGACCUGUACCAUAGAGCAUGGAGUGCGUUCGUGGAACCUGAAGAGCCGAGCACUUCUGGUGUUGCUGACUCAUCCGCCUCCUCCUUCACCGACGAAAUAUCUUUUCGUAGUCGCUUUGAGCAAAUUGGUGGCAGCAGUGGGAGUCAACAAGGAGAGUAUUCAAAAGAGGAAAUGGUCAUCAAGGGAAAAAUGCUUUGCAAGAUGAAAGGGAAGGGCAAGAAAGGAAAAGAAGCCAUGGCAGCAGUAAAAGGGAAGAUGCAAGAGCUUUUUCCGAAAGAUGGUACUGGAGAUAAAGAUACCACACCAGCAGAGGUGCCUCCUGUACUAGCAGGCAUGGAGUCAGCGACAAUUCGCGUUGCGGCAAUAAAAGCUUUCCCACCUCACGAGCAUGCGGCAUCCGCCGCACGUACCGCACCAGCGGACGCAACAAGUGUGGUUAUUACGCACGUGCAGCCGGGCAGCUUGUGCGACUACGCUGACGUGCGCGAGGGCUUCUGGUUACACUCGGUGCAAUUCCAGGACACGCCGGCAGCCGCCGCAGAUUUCGUUGCGAGCAAUAAUCUCGGCGUCGAAGCCGUGCGGCGACGGAACCUCUAUCCGAUUACGCUGAGUUUUCGCGCCAAUCACGUGCUCUUGCUGGAGGAGCUGCAGCGCAUGAAGCAAGUUAUUCCCAGUCAUCUUGGGGGUGGUAACAUAAUUAGACCAGGAUAUGGACCUAUGAUAUGGGAUGCAGCCGAGAAAGAGGAAUUGUGGAAACGCCGGUUUUUGCGUAUACAAAGAUCUUCAAAGCAAGUAGAUAGUUCGAAGAUUGCUGCUACCUUGGGAGCGAUUGAAGCCGGAGCAAAUGCCAGUUCUGGUGGUGAUAACGAAGACCAAGCUAAGAAACGAAAGCUCUCCGCUGAUAAGUCACCUUCCGAUCUUGAGGGAGGAAAGGGGGUCGAAAAGCAGGGGACGACGGGCAGCAGCUUCACUGAGCGGAUGCUUCGGGAAGAACGCAGAAAAGUCUUGCAAAUUCGGCGGGCGAUUCAGGAAGGAGAAAGGAUGCACACUCUUCUUGCACGGCCUUGGGAAGAACGGAGAAAAGCUGUGAAUCCAAAUCAGCACUUUUUCGACAAUGUAGCGAAGGGCAACGGAGGCGCAUCAUCUUCAGCUAGCACAGGAAUUCUGGGUAAAGGCAGUGAUCCGCAACAAAGUGCAGCCGCUACCUACCAGCAUCCCUUUCGACAAGAGCACGCAUCUUUGCUGAGAAAGUACGCGCAUUUCUCUGACGUGGACUUAGCCGGCGAUGAGAUGGACUUGCUUGCCACUACAGCACUAGCCAAUAACGAGGAACUACAGAAAAAACUGACUCUCCAAAAUGCAAUGAUGGCUGGAGGCUGCCGAGUCGACGAUUGGCGCAAACGAGCUGAAAAACUCCUGCUCCCAAAAUAAUAACCCGAACUCCCUCCAGUGGCCCCGGAGCAGAUUGUUUUCGCACUUAUCUACUCUAUCGUCCCGAAUUUGUAUUCCUAUCAAACACAUGCACAACUUAGUGUUGGAACCGAGAUGACUCGUUCACUUUUUAUAGUGCUCUGUUGUUUUAUCGCUGAUCUCCCCGCAGGCCUUUUUAUUUUAUCCAGCAGUUGUAAACAGCCAACAAAGCGCUUGGGUUACUGCUUCCACACUCAAUUUUCACGGAUGUACCCUAAAGUUCAUGAAAAGGAAGGUUUUAGUUUCUGUAUGCGAUCAAGGUUAUAGCCUUGACCGUGAAAAUCGGAGUGGAAUUUUCUCCGUUCAAGUAGGACUCGUGUUAAGUGUCAGCACUUAUUCCAGAUGUUGCUUGUUCAGUUAACUUAAACACAAGAAAAGAAAACUCACAAGAAGGGAAAGGUCAUAGGAGAACCAAACUUAUGUCGGUGCUAAGAAGGAACAAUUAUACAAGGAAACACAAGUUUAGUACACUUAAACACUUAGUAGGAAGAUGGGACAUAUGAACGGAAAAUAAUUGUCAUGCGGGAGGUGUUAAGAGUUGACGCUUAUGAGACACGCCAUGACUUUAAUGCACUUAAACACAAAACAAGGAUCAGGUGGAAAUGAUGCUUAAUAGCAGAUUGCAUGCUCAUGCCACUCAAAUACUUACAGAAGGCACGCCACCACUCAUUUACACCUUUAUUACACAUAUCCACAGACGUGAGACAACUUGUUGAGACUUUCUUCCAGUUCUUUUACACCCACCACCAGCUUACUCUUGUUAUUUUUCAUCACCACCACCAGCACAUUCUUAUUUUUCUAGGACGGAAGAAAGGGAAGACACUUAGGCACGCGCACCAAUUCUCAUCGUCAUUCAUAUUCGCCAAGACUUC